AUGAACGAGGCCCUGUUCCGUCGCUGCAUCCUCCUCACCUGUCUUGCCACCUACCUGGGCUGCGUGGCACAGACGCUGCCACCUGAUGUUGCCCAGGUUUCAACAGACUGCGGUGACUUCAAAGGGAGACAUAAAAAUGGAGCAUACUCCUUUAAAGGCAUCCCCUAUGCGGCACCUCCAGUGGGUGCCCUGCGCUGGGCCCCACCGGCCCCCCCGGCGUGCAGCAGCGAGGUCACAGAUGCGGGCCAUUUCCGCAGCAUGUGCACUCAGGUGCGGCCGCUGUCCAGCACGGGGCGGCUGAUGGGCCAAGAGGACUGCCUCUUCAUCAACGUGUGGACGCCCACGCUGCAGCCUGGCGCCCGGCUGCCCGUCGUGGUGUGGAUCCAUGGGGGCUACCUGCACAUGCUCAGCGGAAACGAGCCGGGCUACUCGCCCACCGAGGAGCUGGCCGCCGACACGGGAGUGGUCUACGUGAGCUUCAACUACAGACUCAACGCCUUUGGCUUCCUGGCUCUGGAGGUGCUGAGGGAAGGGUCUCCAAGGAACACGUCGGGGAAUUAUGGCUUCCUGGACCAGAUCGCUGCUCUGCAGUGGGUGCAGAAGAACAUUCAAGCGUUCGGCGGAGAUCCUGAGAAAGUCACCAUAGUUGGACACAGCACUGGUGGGACGUCUGUGUGGACUCUGAUGACCUCACCGCUGGCCAAAGGUCUUUUCCAUGCGGCGGUGGACAUGAGCGGCUCGUCCGUCCAGAAAGGAACGCUGGAGGAAGUCGAGAAAAUCAACAAAGUGUUUCUGACCAAGACGGGCUGCAAAGACGCCGCCUGCCUCCGACGGCUGUCUGUCCAAAAGGUCCUGCAGGCCAUCCCGUGGAAAGAGUACCCCUACUGGGGGACGGAUGAUUUACUAGAUCUUCCCACUAAAGGGCUCUUCGUCGGCCCGGUGGUGGCGGUGGACGGCUACCUCCUGGAAGCGCCGCCCUUUGAGGUGUGGGAGAAGAAGCUGAGUCACAGCGACGUGCCGUUCCUCAUCGGGUCGACUCAGCAGGAGACGGACUUCAGUCCUCCAGCUGAAAACAUCUCUUCAUGGACCUGGGACGACUACCGCUGGUUUGUAACAGAGAAACUUUCAACCUUCAAUGAGACGCUGCCCGCUGAAGCACUGCACUUGUACCCGACUUCGGAUCCUUGCCCCACCAAAGACCGCUGCCCCGAGAGGGCAUACACCACCAUGACCUCUGACCUCAGGGUCAGCUGUCCACUCAGCGACGUGGCCCAAAGGGCAGCAGCGGCUCUCAGUAGUCCAGUCUAUCGCUACGUCGUGACGCACACGCCAUCAGGACCCGUCAAUGCCACCAGCGACUUGCUGACGUUUCCCAGUCGCUUCUCCUUCCACUGCCUGGAUGCUGUGACGUUCUUUGGGGGUCUGCAGCCUCUUCUGGGUAAAACUUUGUCCACCGAGGAUCAGAGUUUCUGGGAUCUCUACAAACGGAACCUCCUCAGCUUCGUGAAAACAGGUAAAAUGGAUGCCGCGUGGCGGGAAUUCCCAGAAGCCACUGCUCUCCUGUCACACAACUUGACAGUGGUCCAGAGCUACUCACCUGCUCGAUGCGAUCUGUGGAAGAAGAAUGGCCUGUCUGAGUACGGGUGGAUGAACUGAUCUGGCAGCUUGAAUAGGUAAAGGUCAGGAAGCA